CACAUCGUCAGGAUGGACCCCAGUCAGAGCUCGGACUCAGAAAGUGAGGAGCUCCUGCUCAGAGUAGACUUCUUCAGGAAACUUGGUUACUCAACAACAGAGGUGAAGUCUGCUUUGAAGAAACUGGGCCUCAACACUGACACCAACUCGGUGCUUGGCGAGCUGGUUAGGAACAGAACCAACAUUUCACCCAGCGCUUCUGACUGUGAUGAGAAGAUCUCAAGCCCUAAAGACUCUCUGCUGCCUUCCAGUUGGGAUUUGGGGUCCUGCAAAAUCGCACCACAACUCGGAAGCCUAAAGGGUUCUGACUCGGAUCUGAGGCCUGUUGUUAUCGAUGGCAGCAAUGUUGCCAUGAGCCAUGGCAACAAGGAAGUGUUUUCAUGUCGGGGCAUAGAGCUGGCAGUGGACUUCUUCCUGGACAGAGGUCAUAAAUUCAUUACGGUGUUCGUUCCCUCUUGGCGCAAAGAGCAGCCCAAAGCUGACGCCCCUCUGACAGAUCAACACAUUCUGCUGGAGCUUGAAAAAAGGAAAUUACUGGCCUUCACUCCGUCGCGCCGCGUCGGAGGAAAGCGAGUGGUUUGCUACGAUGACCGCUUCAUCAUCAAGUUGGCGUACGAGUCAGACGGAGUGAUCGUGUCCAAUGACACGUACCGCGAUCUCCAAGGGGAAAGACCCGAGUGGAAGAAAUGCAUCGAGGAGCGGCUCCUCAUGUUCUCGUUUGUGAACGACAAGUUUAUGCCCCCAGAUGAUCCUCUGGGUCGCCAUGGUCCGAACCUCGACAACUUCCUUAGGAAAAAGCCUCUGCCUGUGGAACAGAAGAAGCUUCUCUGUCCAUAUGAUAAAAAGUGCACUUAUGGUGUCAAAUGUAAGUUCUACCACCCUGAGCGAGCAAACCAGUCCUAUUUGUCCUUGGCUGAUGAGCUGAGAGAGAAAGCACAGAUUUCUGCUGUAAAAGAAGAAAAGAAGCAAAGAGUACAGGUCAGGCAGCCUCAGUCUGAUCCUGAGCCUGCUCAUAUUGCUUGUGUCUAUCCUCGAGAUACACAUCUCCCUCAAGAUCAACAGAGCUCCCCACUUCCUGAGCAGAUAAGUGAAAAUAAACUCUUGUACUGGGAGGACUUUAGAAAAAACCCAAACCAUAUGCCAACUAGUGUAACAGGAGGCCAGUGUCAGAAAGAGUUUCCUGGGCUGCACUUGAUGCCAAAUCAUUACUAUGCCAACAUGUCCCACGAGUAUCUGGAUUCUGGCUUUAGUUCCUUUGACAGUCCCUACUCAGAUGUAUCGCAGCCCCUCAGCAGCUCCCACAGAUUCAGGCCCCAGCAUCAGAGCCCUGGCGUCCAACAUGCAUCAAUACCUCUAGAGGAUAAUACCCGUCGGCCUUGUAGGUGCUGUUCUCAUCAGCAGCAUCAUCAUCAUCGUCAUGAAAACGUUGACCGCAAGAGUCAACCCAUCUAUGACGCUUACCUUCCUCACAUGUUCCCACCCAGUGUGCCCCAUCAACACAGCCUUCCUACAAGUCAUUUCCACAAUAAUAGUGCUCCCCAUGUUCAUCAGAAUUACUGGUCGGAUCCCUAUCAGGGUCUGCCCCAAUCCAGGACAAGUAACCUCCCCCCUUUGGUCCAGCCCUCACACUCACACAGCUCCUGCCACUCGUAUAAGGCUCAUCCAUACCAAGCCUGGGCCCAGCAGCAGCCACCACCUUCAGCUGCAUUUGACCCACAAAGAUCAGAAGUGCGCAAGAAACUGCAAGCCAUCUUCAACCCGCAUCAGGUGGAUAGGGUAAUGGAAAUGUUCCCCCAGCUGAUGGAUGCUGAAACGCUGGCUGCAGAGAUCCUUAAACUGAAAGCUCAGCGAGUGAUAUUCUGAUUAUUUUUCUGUCUUCUUCAAUUUAGUAAAAACUCGCGUUUGAGUUAAAUCCCUUUGUCA